AUGCACCAACAGCGCAACUGUGUUUUCCUCUCGCAGAACAAAGGCAGCUCCCCUGCUCCCGACGGCACUGAAGAGCACGAGUUGCCUCUCACCUGCAAGUCAAGCGAGUGUCUUCCUUAUGCUUCUCCAAAAGCGAUGACUGGGGGCGCCAAAGCGAGGAAGGACGGGCAUUCGAGGCAUACCCGCAGGGGUAGCUCCAACGCUAAGUCGUCUUCGGCUGUUGCGUCAGUCCCCGAAAAAGACACAUCGCAAGGAAGCGCGUCUCCUCCUCUGGCACCGCAUCACUCGCAUCCCCAGAAAUUCGGACUGUUGGCGCAGGGCAAACCGCCUCCUCGUCGUGACACUGAAUGUUCAGCGCCUGUGAGCUUGGGUAGCGGCGCUACUCGUGGGCGAGAUCUUGGAUUCUCACCCACAACCACGCCACCUGCAGCUUCGAUCGACGCCAUGUCUCCUAUGAACGGUUCCAUGCCACCAGCUGGCCAAUCGGUGGGCUCUCGCGAGGCAAUGUCGCCUGCCCCGACUACCGAAGAUCGGCUCACCCGACCAGUUGCAGGUAUCAUGUCGCCCGAUGGUCACCGCAGGCACUCUUCGCGAGUGUCCCCCUCGGAACCGUUUUCAGACGCGGCAAUGCGAAUCAAGCCCUUCGACUCUCGCUCCUUCCUCGCUUACAUCGCGGACGAGCAGCGGGAGCUGCUGUUCACCUACGUGGCCGUCGCGCUCACGGUGCUUGCUCUGUGCGCGCUACUCACCGCCAUACUGCUGCUCGCUGUGCCCGUCGGCCCACAGGACACCGUCUGUACGACAGCCUCGUGCACGGCGCUGGACUCCAUGCUGGCAGCUAGCGUGGACCAGACUCGAGAUCCGUGUGUCAACUUCUACGCGCACGUGUGCAGCGGCUGGGCGCAGACUCGGAACCAGUCUGUCUACCGGAGUCACCUUCGAGAGUUCCUGGCGGACAUGCACUGGAUCUUGGCGCGCGUGCUCGUUCCUUCCCAGGCGCAGACGGCACAGCAGGUGGUUGCCGCUUUCUACCAGACGUGCACGGCCGUGCUGGUGGACGGCGCCGACGAGCUGCCCUCCUUCCGGCGCCAGCUCCACCUGGCGGGAGUGAAAUGGCCUCACCUGUCCGCCGAGCCGAACGUCAUCGCCACAGCGGCCUCAGUGUACGCUACCUUUCAAGUAACUGCGAUGCUGCGUAUACGGGCCUCUAGGCGCAACACGAGAAACGUGCUCGAAGUAGCGCCAGACGUGACGUUCCUGCGCGGAUGGCAGGACACGCGCGAUCACCUCAUACAUGCUGGCUCCUACGCACGUUUCUUCGAGGAGACAAAGAACAAGUACGCCGGAAACGAGAAGCCCGCAAACACGGCCUUGACCUACGAAAUAUUUUUCAAAGUCGAGAACGCCGUUCUCCAGGCAUUGGUACACUGGGGAAAAUCCGGCGGCGAAGUCGAAUUUAGCCGCAUUGAUAGCCUCAUUCAAAUCACCAGGAAUGUUCCCACGACAACAUGGCGUGCGGUCGUUGAUAAACUAGGACUCCCAGAAACUGCGCACGUCGCCAUAGCCAACUUGGAGCUCAUCAGGAAGGUGGAUGAGUUGUUCUCUACGCUUGGCGAACAACUCCUCCAUUACUACUUGGGAUGGUGCGUGGUGCAACAGGUGAUGCGCUACAUGAGCAAGGAUAUCGCCAGCAGCUGGUACGACUACGAAGGUAUCAGCCCCGCAACGGACAUGGCGAGCGAAUGGCGCGGGCAAGCAGAGUGCAUGCAGCUCAGCGAGAAGCUUGUGGGGCAAUUCACCUUCGGUCGUUUUAUCCUCUGGAAAUCAGACGCCGAAGACUACUGGUACGUGUACUCCGUGGUAAGCGCCCUCUCGGCUCAACUGAUGCUCGCGAUCCAGAGUUCGCCGUGGAGUGGCCACAGCGGCCGACUAAACAGAGCCGACUUCCACGUUGACUUCCACGUGGACGCCAUGCGAGUCGUAGACGAGGCGCUCGGGAAAUAUGGCCUGUCCAACCGUUCAUCGCUGCUCAGCAAUUGGAUGGACAUCGCCGCUGCCGUGAGCACUAUCAACGCGACGUUCAGAGACCGUAUCUCGACCACCUACACAAGGGACCUUGUAGCGGAACAGCGGUACAACCUGUAUGACAACCAAAGCGGAGCGCUCACCCUUCCUCCAUUCUACGCGAUGCUCCCAGUCUACAGGCGCCACUUGAGCGAAACGACCAAGUUUGGCGCUCUCGGCACGCUCUUCGCCACCGCCAUUUUCCGGCUCUUUCUUGCCAGGCUCACGGGCUAUUCUGUCGAGUCUCAAGAGGCCCUCGAAAGGCUGCGCUGCUUCGCCGAGUCUGCCGAAUACCGCAGCGACCGCCUAGACCUCUACCACCACGCCGCGUCUGUCAAGCUCGCACUGGAUGCACUGCGGUUGCUUCCCGGCAGCAGUCACCAGCGACUCCGAAUGUUCGACAGCCUGCAGGUGUUUUUCGUCGUCAUGUGCUACCUGUUCUGCACUCCCAACACUUCCGAGGACACCAUCAUCGCAGAAACCAUCUGCAACGAGGCUGUCAAGAACAGCCGGGAGUUCGCCAUGGCAUUCCAGUGUUCUUCGGGAGCGCUAAUGAAUCCGGAGCGGAGGUGCAGUUUCUUCUAG